UUCAAAGGAUCUUGACUAUUCAUCUGAUCUUGUUUAUUAUCAAAGACUAGAUUUGGGCACUAGAUAUGAAACAUUGCUGUACACAUUAUUUCCAAAUUUACUAAUUUUGCACAAUUUAAAUUUAUAUGAUGCCGCUUUUGUUCGUAGAGUACCGGUAUUUGCUUUCUUAAAUAAAUUAAAAGAUGUUGCAAAGAAAAGAAAAGAUCUUGAAAGAUUUGAUCAAGGUUUCAGAGUUCUUAAAUCUUUGAAAGGAAUCAUCAAUUGCGGACAUGAAAAUAUAGAAAUACUUUGUGAUAAACUGGAAUUGCUAUCCUCCAGUCGUAUUGAGCCAGGUAUCCUACAGAAGGGUUCCAGUAUAAAGCAAUUGCACACUUGGUAUGUUUAUGAGGAUUUCAAAAGAGCUGCGCAUUAUUUUCCGAAUCUUGAAAGACUACACAUUCUUAUCGAUGAUAAUCACUACAAAGGUCCCGUACUUGAAAAGCUUGAAAUACUAGAAAUGAAAUUAUUAUCUCAUCAUGAGAUUUGUUAUGCUUUCCAGGUCAUGGAUUCAUGUCCAAAUUUAAAAAGUGCACAUCUUCUCGUUCAUACUAAUCGCUUAUUUGUUGAUGAAAAAUUGAAACAAAAAUGUUUGCAAGAUUUAGUUAUAGAUUAUGAGGGUCCUUCAUGUAUCGACUGGAAUGAUUUAAAAAGAGCGCUCAUGAAAUAUCCGACCCUGAAACAUCUUUCGUUGAGGAGCCUACAUUACAUAAAAGAUGAACAUAUCAAACAAUUGGUUCCCAUUUUACCCAAUUUAGUACUAUUUGAUAUUUAUGAUUGCCCUGCAGUCACUCAAAAAGCUGCUGAUUAUGUUAAAGAUUAUUGUGAAAGAUAUGGACGAUCAAUCAAGUUUUACUUCAAAGGAAAUCGUGAUGAACUCGUGUCAGAUUGGCCUCAGUUAUCUACUAAGAAAGAAAAAAUCAAUCGAGCCUUUGAUUUCAUGAAACAUUGCUUUCUUAAAGAUUUUGAAGACCUUCCACAUUUCUUGGUUCCUAUUGGUUAUUGAAAACCACAUACUCAUCAAUAUAAAUAUUUGUUAUUUUAAUUCGAAGCCCAAUCCAAGAGCUUGAAAUUAGCCUCUAAACUCGCAUCAUUUUAUUUUGCGAUCUGUUUUUUAGUGAAUUGAAUCUAUUUUUUGAUCUUAAGAGAUGUCUUUGUUAAUGAAUAUUAAUAUCUAUGUUACUCUUUAUCUCGGAGCCCAUUCGAAGAGUUUGUAUUCAAUCUCUAUUUUUGUAACACUUUAUACCAUUAUUUGUUUUUAUUGAAUAAAAUGUAAUGUCUUAUCUAAA